AUGGGGGAAGCUUCCGAAUCUGUGUCUAGAACAUCCAAUUCCAUACAAGAGAGAACCAAUUUUUUCCGAGAGGAAGAAGUUCUUCACCGUCAGGCAAAUUUCGGGACCUGCCGAUCUAGAAACACUAGCCCCCUCCCAUCCAGGAACACCAGCCCUCUCAGUCGAAUGGGCUCAAGAAACACGAGCCCAUCCAAGCAAAAAUCCAUCAAAACCAAACCGCGCGGUUUAGACGAAGAGACCGUAACAACAUUCAUCAGAACAGCCCAUCCCGAUAUCCAGAUGGAAGACAACAUAUGGGCCAUGCUCCCGGAAGACCUUCUGAACGAAAUCCUUGCCCGUGUCCCACCAUUCAUGAUAUUCAGGCUCCGUUCGGUUUGCAAGAGAUGGAACUCGAUCCUCCAAGAUAACAGCUUCUUGAAAUUCCACUCUCAGGUGCCCUCACACGGGCCCUGCCUCUUAACCUACUGGAAAAACGCCCAAACCCCUCAAUGCUCUGUAUUUAGCCUCCCUUUAAAGCAAUGGUUUAGGAUCCCAUUCACUUUCCUACCCCAAUGGGCUUUCUGGCUCGUGGGCUCGUCGUGUGGGCUCGUCUGCUUCUCGGGCUUGGACUCGUCCACUUUCAAGAUACUGAUAUGCAACCCAUUGACCCAAACCUGGAGGACUCUACCCAGCAUGCAUUACAACCAACAGAGGCAGUUGAUUAUGGCAGUUGAUCGCAAGGACCGCUCGUUUAAAGUGAUUGCGGCCAGCGAUAUUUACGGGGACCGUUCCCUUCCGACCGAGGUCUACGAAUCGAAGCUCGACAGGUGGCUGGUCCACGAGACGAUGCCAGCUGUCAACCUCUGCUCGUCCAAGAUGGCUUUUUGCGACUCGAGGCUGUACCUUGAGACGCUAUCCCCACUCGGCCUCAUGAUGUACGGGCUCGACACGGGGCAGUGGGAGCACAUACCCGCGAAAUUCCCACGCUCGUUGCUUGACGGGUACCUCAUAGCCGGGGCCCACAGGCGGCUGUUCUUGGUCGGAAGGAUUGGGGUUUAUAGCACGCUGCAGAGCAUGAGGAUAUGGGAGCUGGACCACAGAAAGUUUGUGUGGGGCGAGGUGAGCAGGAUGCCACCUAGAUAUUUCCGAGCGCUCUUGAGGCUUUCGGCGGAGAGGUUCGAGUGCUUCGGGCAGGACAAUUUGAUUUGCUUCACGUCUUGGAACCAGGGUAAAGGGCUGCUGUAUGACGUGGACAAAAAGGUGUGGUCUUGGAUAGCUGGGUGUGCCCUUCAGUCUCACAACAGCCAGAUGUGUUUCUAUGAGCCGAGGUUUGAUGCAGUGGUGUGA